UUUUUUGUGCCACUUUCUUUGUUGUUUUUGGACUGCACAGAAAUAAGUGACACCGUUUCGCCAACACUUUUGUGAGUCGAACCGAAUGUUUCCAUUUGGCGCUGCCGUCUUAUCGCCACUUGCGUCUUUUUUGGGCGCCGUCAGAUUUCCACGUCGCAAAAGUUCUCAUUGAACGAUGAGCGCCACUCAAGUCUUCACUUUAAAUCAAAUAUUUGAUCGGCGAGCGGGACGAGGAUGACAAUUGCACUUCAGUCCACGGCCAGAACUGGCUGAACACAAGUGGAAGAGAAGAUCAGAUACACAAGGAAGAGAGGUUUACAAAAGGAGAUAAGGGGGCAAACAGAAAAACAAGAAGGGACGUUAAGACUUCCUUGGCGCACUCGCGAAUGGAGAACUGGCGGCCAGCUGACUUGUGCCCCCUCUGAACAUGCUGGCUCUGAGUGUGGAGCAGGGCAGGCGAGGGGGUGCUAAAGUGGACCGUCUGCAGAACGGAGCUGCUGUUGGACGGCCGGGCCGCCAGUCUCCCGAGCAGGGGUGGAACAUCAGGGAGAGGAUCUCCCAGUGGGAAGGUCGCAGCAAGGAUGUUGCAACGAAGGUCAACCCUCUGAACGUCGCUCAAAUUCCGUCUGAGGAUGUCCUGCGCGACGGCUGUUCGAACAAAGGCACGACCGGAGGCCUUCAUCUUAAAGAUCUCUCUAAAGCUCAGAGUUUGGAUUUAGAUUUUCGGGAAUCUCAAGCGCAGACAAGAAACGGUAGGAUUGGUAAAACGUCUGAGCCCUUGCAGAAAUGCAACACAAAAGAUUUAACCUCUACCCCAGGAAACAAACCGAUGUUGCCUUUCUUAGAUUCCAACACAGACAAAAUAACAGUCGAUGGCGAGCUAAAACCCGACUCUAUCUCAGAUGGUGAUGUCGUGUCCAAACAUCUACCACUCGUAGCCAAUGACAACGAAGACAACAUGCCCGCUGGGAACUUUUAUACUUCUCGGGGUUUCUGGCGGAAUCUCGAGGAGGACCGAUUUCUUUGGGAGAAAGGCGCAAGGUCCUUAGGCGAAGCUCCUCCAAAACCACAGCGGACGUUCAAGUAUCAGGGAGCCAAAAAGGACGCAGUGCCACGGAGCAGCAGAUCAACUCACACCAACCAGCCCAGUGGAAGAGGUCGCAGGGGAGCCCACCCGCCAAGCUUCCCACCUCCUCCAUGUCCUGUCGCCAGGACCAACGGACUUUCAAGGCAUAAAAAUAACAGGAGGUCCUUUGAGUACGAGGAUGCGCUUCAUCCGACGGUGAAGCAAGGCACGCUGGGAAGCCAGGCUCGACACUCAGGCCUUCACCAUGCAUAUUCUGAUGAUAAUAUUUAUGAAGACAUUGUCUGUGAAGUGACCAGAGAUAAUCCUUAUGAGGAUGUCAAGUUAGUCCCAAUGUGCCUUCCUAUCGCCAGACUUCACGGCACAAAGCUCCACACAAAACCCCAGCCCAUAAAGGGGGGCUCUGGCAAAGACGUGAGGAAGACAAUGCCACCUUUAAGGGCAACCACUGCAGAUACUGCCAAGCCUGCCACCCCCCGGCGCAUAAGCGAUUAUAAAAUGCAGAAGACACCUCAGUACGUUAAUAAGAUUGAGACCAUAUUUGAUGACAAGCGAGGUAGGAAGAGAGUGAAGAAUCAAGGAUUUCCAGUACGAGGGGAGACCAGUGGAACCGAGAGCGACCCUGAAGACAACGGCAAAGGUUUGAGGAGAUCCGUGCGCAGACGGUCGACGCUGAAGCGCAGGUCCGGCUACCGCACGCUGGAGAAAGACCUGAUCCAGGCGCAACAGCAGCAGCUUUUCCAGAUCUUUGUGGUGGUGUCUCUGAGGAAAGGCUCGCCGGCCAACACCUACUCCCCGGAAAUAACACAACAGUUCCCCAAAAUGUUUGAAAAGUCAUCCAGACUCUCGAAGGAAGCCGAAGAUCAACUGAAGGUCAUUCCCAAAUUCUGCUUCCCUGACAUACGUGACUGGAAGCCUUCAGCGCACACACCGAGCGAGACCUUCUCCUUCGUCCUGACUGGAGAGGACGGGAGCCGCUGGUUUUGUUACUGCCGUAAGAUCCUGCCCAGCGGAAAGGGCAAAAGGCUCCCCGAGGUUCAUUGUGUCGUCAGCAAGUUGGGCUGUUUUAACCUGUUUGCCAAGAUUCUGGAGGAGGUGGAGCGGCGCCGAGAGAUUUCCCCGGCACUAGUGUACCCUUUCAUGCGCAGUGUGAUGGAAGCGCCUUUCCCAGCUCCAGGCCGCACAGUCAUGGUCAAGAGUUUCCUUCCUGGCUCUGGGAAUGAGGUGCUGACUUUGUGUCGUCCCGUCGACUCCAGACUGGAGCACGUGGACUUUGACACGCUGCUCCAGUGUCUCAGUGUGGGGAAGCUUCUGAAGGUGUUCGCCUCCCUUCUGCUUGAGAGGAGGGUCAUCUUUGUUGCUGAAAAACUCAGUGCGCUGUCCCGUUGCGGCCACGCAGCGCUGGCACUGCUGUACCCGUUCACCUGGCAGCACACCUUCGUGCCCGUGCUUCCGACCAGCAUGUUGGACAUCAGCUGCUCGCCCACGCCUUUCCUCAUCGGGGUGCUGGCCCCGAGCUUGCCGCAGGUUCUCGAACUCCCUAUAGAGGAGGUGCUCAUCGUGGAUUUGUGUGCAGAUGAGAUUGUCACUCAGCUCGGGGAUGAGGACUGCAUCCUGCCCAGUAAACUGCAAGCAGCAUUGCAGCAGAUUCUGGAAGAGCGGGAAGAUAUUCUGGAGCGGGACGACGGCGACGGCGACGACGACGACGCCGCGUCUGAAGGCCAGCCGGUGGACCUGCGCUCCCUGGUGUCGGAGGCCUUUGUGCGCUUCUUCGUGGAGCUGGUGGGCCACUAUCCUCUCCACAUGGUCGAGUCGUCCAGCGGGAGCCGCGAGCUCCAUCGCGACAACUUCCGCAAGUCUCACCCGUCGCGCGGCGUCCGUCAGUUCCUGCAGCUCUUCAUGGAAUCUCAGAUGUUCGCCGGCUUCAUUCAGGACAAAGAGCUGCGCAAGGGGGGAGGAAGAGGUCUGUUUGAAGUCCGGGUGGCUGAAUAUUUGGACUCUUCUCCCGACCCGGAACCGAGCGGAGUGAACAAGUUUCUUAAAGGGCUCGGGAACAAGAUGAAGCUGCUGCAAAUGAAAUGAAAAUGAUCAAGCAGCUUCUCCGUUUCCCGAUUUCCACUCUUAAGUGACUUUUUAGGAAGUGAUUGAUUCCACUGGAAACGUCUUGGAGCUUUCCAGCCACAAAUAUGCCCUCUAAUCGACCUCUUGUCAACGUGCGGCUGCAACAAAUUCCGUCUGCGAGAGGGAUCUUCUUCCAGUUGAGUCUUAAUCCGCAUGCGGAAUGUAAACUAGUGUGCUUAGUAGCAGGUUGAUACAUGUUUUUUGUACAUAGAAAGGCGUUUGUUUGCAUCUGAUCUUAAAAAUUGAGACGUACUGCCUGAGCAGAACAUUUGUGUCAGAAUGAGUCUCCUCUCCCCAAGCGUAAACUGGAUUUGUACAUAUUUAUAUUUUUAUAUACAUUUUGCACAUUAAGAACCUGUGAACUAUUUUUUUUUUUUUUUUUUAAUUUGAAUUAAAUCGUCAAGGACACUAUUGCA